CGACCGCAUAAUCUUCGUGCGCGUGCGUACUUAAGGCUUCGCGCAGCACGCAGCGCGGACUUUCUUCUUCGCCACCCCGGGCUCACCCCGCCACCCUCCCUGCGGCCUUCUCGCUGCCCGCCCACGGUCCUCAUCGCUGCCAGCCACCACUGCCAGCCCGCCUCAUCGCGGAAGAGUCGACCAGCGCAGAUCGAGCCCGCCUUUCCCGCCUUCUUGUAUACACUUCCUUCCCCCUUCCCCCCUUCCUUCCUUCAUCAUGGGCGUUGAACUUUCCUUCGGGCCGAUGCUCAUCGGUGUCUGCCUUAACAUGAUCCUCUAUGGGAUCGUGCUGAUGCAGAUGUUGUUCUACUUCCAGACGUACAAGGGGGACGCAUCGUGGAUCCGCUACCUCAUCCUAUAUCUCUUCAUCAUCGAGACUUGCAACACCGGGUUCGAGUUCGGGUUCAUUUACGAGCCUCUCAUCCACAAUUAUGGGACACCCAAGGCGACGACGAACUUCCCCAUCAUGCUUGCCGCAGAGCCCAUUACCAUAGUAUUCAUCAGUUUGCCCAUCCAAUGCUUCAUCGCAUGGCGCAUUUGGAACAUGACGAAGUCCAUGAUCAUCCCCUUCGUUAUUGUGCUCUUGGGCCUCGUAUCCUUUGGCGGCGGCAUCUGGCUGACCCAAAAGAUCGUCGAAGUCAAGUACUUCGCGCGCAAGCCCGAUUUGCACUGGGCUGCCCUCGUGUGGCUGGUGGCGGCCGCGGCAGCAGACAUUCUGAUCACUGUCGCGCUGGUGUGGAACCUUGCCCGUCGCAAGACAGGCUUCUCGCACACGGAUGAUGUGAUCAAUGCGAUUAUCAGGAUGACCGUGCAGACGGGGCUCAUCACCGCGUUCCUCGCAUGUCUCGACUUCGUCCUCUUCCUCAUAUUCCCGAAGACUACGCUGAACUUCAUCUGCAACCUCUGCCUCGCCAAGCUCUACACGCUGUCGCUCAUGUCCACGCUAAACGCCCGACAAGGCUGGAACCGGCACCUGUCCAACUCGCGCCCCGCCAACCCGCUCUUCGACAACACCACAAGCGGCUCCCGAAGGGACACGCACUCGCGCAUACCAACAACGCCGCACAUACCCACCUUCGAGCUCUCGACGCAGAUGUCCUCCACGCCGCGCACGGGGCACUUCAAGCGCUCCUCCGACGGGCUCGAGAUCUCCGUCACCAAGGUCGUCGAACGCCUCGAGGACCCGCACCCGGUGAUCACCAUAAACGCCAUCCCCGCCGCGCACCACCCCUACGGGCCCGGCGCGAUGGCGCCCCACGGGACGCAGGUCGGCAUGCUCGACAGCCAGGGCGACUCGUACGACGCGCGCUCCAUCGGUUCAGCAGUAUGAAGAUUCGGACUAGGAUUCGGGACUCGGACUCGGGGAGAAGAGAAGGGAGACAUGCGGAUCUAGAGCAGCGACUGGCCCGGACGUCGUCCCGCGCGACGAUGAGGAGACACGAUCUUACGACCACCGGUGGAUGGGCCCCCGCCUGUUCCACCGGAUUCUAAUUUAUUGUGGGGGCGGGCGCCGCGUGAGCACACCAUUCCCGCCCCUCUCCACCUUGUCUGUGCCAGUACGCUCGUUUUGUACGACUAGGAUUUAUUUUAUUCUGUAUGUAGCGCGGAGGCUCGUGCAGUGUUGACGAUAGUACGCGCGUGGAGUGUGCCUCAGGAAAUUUGAAGGAGCUCUUCGCGGCUAGCCUGCAUCUC